AUGUUGGCCUACAUGGCCUAUUGGUUGAAGUACAAUGAUGGCAAGCAGACGAUUCUUGACAGCUUUGAGCGACGCCAACGCAACAGGGAAGUUCUUGAGGCUCUCCCAGAUGACAUGGAAGCACUAAAGAAGCAGAACACGGAGUACAAGCGCAUGAUUUCUCUUUUGAUGGAACAUACUGGCAUGGGGGCCCCGGAUGAGGAAAUUGAUGUGUACGAGAAGGAAGCAAGUGACGACGAAACAAAGCUGCUUGAUGCUGAAAAUUUUGAGGCUUCCGUUGAAAGGGACCAUGUUGAUUAUAGCUGUGGAUUCCAGGAUGUGUCAGUAUGA